CGCGGCUGUGGGACCCCCGAGCGGUGCAGGGUGAGUAUUUGCAGCCGCCUUUCAGUUCUUGGAGUGGCUGCAGAAGUGAAGGUUCUGUCUGAAGAGACCGGGUGGGAGAACAAAGACAGCGGAGCGGUGAGACAGGAGAAAUGAUUCUGAUGGUGGCAGAGGGCAGGACCUGGGGAUGCUCCUCAUCCUCACACAGAGGUUGCCUUGGGAAAUGCUUGGGAGACCCUCGGGUGGAGCUGUGUGCCCCUGAACAGGUGGAAAGAAGGGGCAGCGUGUCCCUGUGUCCCUGUGCCAAAGCUGGGUUUCCUUUCUUUCCAUUCUUUUCUGCCACUUACUUUGCUCAUCUGAGUCUCUGGGCAGCCAAAUAUCGCACUGACUGCCUGUGAAACUCUGGGCUCCAUUUAGUGACUGUUGUAGAGGAAUUGUGUAGUGACAGCUGUUGGGAAUUACUUGCACUGGGAGUAACGGACCGGACCACAGAAAGUCUCUAAGUCUCUGUAUGGUAACGUAGGGUUACUUGUCUGUUCCCUUGUCUGGGAUCUUUGUCAUACACAGUUCCCCAGACGGAAGAAUCCACAGGUUGAGAAAUACAUAUUCUGCCUCUAGAGAUUUCAUUAGCUCCAGUUGCUCUGCUCAGAGAUCUGCUGUGCUGCAUUAUGUAAGAUUACUCAUGUAAGUCUAAUUGAAUACCGCUUUCUUAGAUCGCCCUGCAGUUUUAGUCCAAUCAAUUAAAGCCCAGUGCUUUUCCAUCUAGUGUCAGUGACAGAAUUUCCACUGAUUUCAGUAAGAAGUUGGACCCUAAAAGAUGUGUUUGAAUAGCUAAGUUGGUUCCAGAGCUCAUUAAAACCAGAGCGAGGUUUGCCAGGGAUUGCAGUGUGUGUGAGACUGGCACUGGGAAUUCAGCAUGAAGCUGAACAUCAGCAUGACACCAGUGCAUAAUUAGUUGAAAUAACCCCUCAGUUAGGUAACAGGACCUGAUCUGGGAGUUCCAUCCAGCAAAGAAUCACUCAUUCUUAGAAAUGUCCCCAGAGACUUGCUAAGUUUUCACCCAAGCUUUCAUUGAAGUCUUUGCGUUCCAAUAACACGACGCUGCUAUUUUUCAUGUGGAGCUUCUCCUACGUGGCUUUAACACUUUCAGAGUUUAUUUUUAAGUUAGAAAAUGACAGUGUUGGGGUAAGAUAACAUCAGCAGUUGCAUUCAGUUGUGAGAAUAGGAAGAGAAUCCUCUAUGUGGUAGCACUGAAUUAAAUAUAGGUGUGUGCAUAUGUAUUAUGGGUGUAUAUACAUAUGUGUCUGCUAUUAAAUGCACAUCAUCUCUUUGGUUCAGAUCUUUCAUUUGGGCAAUAUUUACUAAUGUAAUUUUUCCAAGUUGGGAUUAUUAUUUUUUUUACUUCUCCAGUUCUUGAGUUGGCCAAAAAAACAACAACUAAUGUAUUCUGCUGGGCUGUGUGAUCUGACUCUAUUUGUUCUUCCAUAAUUAUAGCUUAGCCGUGUUCAAAGUAUGUGGAUAUAGAUAAAAACAAGGCUGAGAUGUGAAAAAAGCACAAGUGAAAGAAAAAAAAAAAUCGUGUGGUUUCUGUAUUUUCCCCACAAGCACAAAUUGUUGAGUAAGGAGAUUUUCAAAAGCCAGAAAUUGCAAUGAAGAAAACCAAAGCUGGAAUCCAGUGCUUGGGGAGGCUGCAUCUGGCAGAACAAAGUUUGGAAAGAGAUUCUGCUUUCAAUGGGAUCCUGUGUUUCCCCACAACACAGUGUGUGUCAUCUGUAAAAACAACGCUUUCAUGGAUGAGAUACAAUCACUGCUGAAAUCAACCUCAAAAUUAGGAAGCACCUACACAGCGCCCUCAGCCAGUUCCUUUGGUUUUCUUACCUGUUUGUUGAGGAGGAUAAGGCCGUGAAAACAGAGACUUCCUAAUUUCAUCAUUUCAAGACAAUGCACCUCAGAUACAUCAUUAACCAGGAACUGACAGUGAGAAAGUGGGAAUUCCAAAGUGUAACCCUUCUUCUAUAGGCUGAGGUUGCUGCCAGCAACUGAAAAUGUGAUUCAUGUAACUGCUUCCUCUCUACCGUAUUUAAAUUGUGUAACAUCUGAGGGCUCAGCAAGCUGCAAUCUGUUGGGUUGGUUUUGUUUCCCUUUAGAGAGUUCCGACGGUCUCAUACGUUAGAGAGCAGAAUUGGGAAAGUUGUAUUUCUGUGUAUUAGGGGAAAAAAAAUCUGUUUGAAAUUCCAAACCUCCAGAUUGUUAAGUGAUAAAAGAGUUCAAUCAUCAUUAGUUUUAGCACUGUGAUGGUGUAGUAAUACGGUCUUUCAUGCUGAUGGUUUUGAGUUGGUCUGAACCUGGGAAUGCUGUGAUGCAGCUCAGCUCCCAUGGCCCUGAUAGACGCAGGGCCUGAUUGUAUCAGUUCAGUAAUGUCUCUCGUCCUACAGUUGCUGUGCUGGUACAUAAAUCAACAGGGGAAACGUCACCACUGACUGUUCAAAGAAAUCUGCUUGAGUCUGGCUCAUGAAUUAAAGCUUUAAACUUGAAUGCAGCCAUUUGAUCCAUCACUGAAAAACUUCCCCAUGGUUUCUUCUGUGCUGAUAUGAAGCUCUGUCAAAAAUGUGACAUUUUGGUCUUGUCCACAUCAAGGAGCUUUUACCCCAGUGCUCUGGGAUCAGCUUAUACACCCAGCUCCCCACUGAGGGAAAUGCAUUUACCUGGGUCACACUGAAGCCACAGGUGCUGGACAUUGGCAGGUUACGUCUUUAAGUGUCUCCUCUGACCUGUUAAUACAAAAUCACAAUUACACUUUUUAAAGCUUUUCAUAUUUUUCAGAGAACAGCUCAGUUUUCAUAGUUUGUUUUGCUGUGGAAAAAAGGAAAGAAAAUCCCAAGUUUUGUUAAUUUUGAGUAGCACAAGUCCCGUUAUUAGAUUAUACAGUGCGUAGGUUGAAUGUCAACUUUGAUUUCAGCAUCUGUCGUCUGUGUUUGGAGGAGCUGGAACACAUCAAAUCUUGGCUGAUGUUGACAGGAGAAACAGUAGGCUGAAAUUUCAGGCUAUCUAGAAACCACACCCAGACCCCAAAACACAUGUGAGAAGUAACUUUAAUCCUCUGCUUCAGCUGAACAGGUAACCUUUUUCUGUGGUCACUUGUGGUUCUGUGUUAAGUGUGCGCAUAUUUCUGGUGUGGAACGUGUAUCAGUUUAUCACCUUUGUGCAGAAUGUGUUUAUUUCUGAGGAUGCCUUCUAUUAUGAGUGCUUUUGAAUGCUCUCCUUAUCCUUGGCUUUGUGUGGGCCGAGUAGCCCCAGACUAUUAGAUCCCAUUAGAUCCUGUUUUUAUUACUAUAAACAGUAUCCUUGCAGCAGUGCCAAGACUCCUAUUGUGUUAGGUGCUAAAUAAGGAGAGAACAAAAGGAACAAUCUUGCUUUAGAGGGUUUAUAAUCUAAUUUCCUGGACUUAGGUUUCCAACAGUGAGUUGCGGGGACAUACUGGGAUUCCCAGCUGUGUCCAGCAGUUAGAACCUAUUGCAGUUGUUAUAUGUUUAUGUGCCUAAAUGCCUUGGUGCCUCUGGCAUGAAUUUCUGAACCCACGGAGGCGAUCUUGAGGAGGAGGAGGAGGGCAAACAAUGAGCUUACACAGGAGAGCAGCUGUCUCCCGUGGGAGCUGGGGACUGAGAGUGCUCCAUGGCAGUGGGGGACUGAAAGGCCACUCUCAGCAUCCCUCCAGCUCCCUGCCAAGAGCGGGUUAUUCCCUGCUGUACUAAAGCUUUGUUCAAUCCCUCAAAAUCCUGCCAAGCAAGUGGACUUGUGCUGCCUACUGGAUUGUGCCUCAAGAAGUUCACACUGAUAUACAAGGCACAUUUUUUUCACUCUUCAUUCACUCCCAACAGAACCUCUUUAUUCGCUGUAAGGAAUUCCUUCCCUUCCUUGGUGUUUAUGCUUUGUGAAUAUUUAUAGGCUGUUAUCAUGUCCAUCUCUCUCCCUACUUGUCACUCAGCCAGGCUGCAUGUGCUCUGCUCUUUUAAUUCUUACUUCGUAACUCAAUCUCUCCCACCCCCUAAUCAUUUUCUGUUGUUCUUCUCUCAGCUCCCGCCAGUUCCAGUUGCUCAUUUUGCUUUGGGGGAAUGCUAUAUUUAUGUUAAUGUUAUGUGGUGGGUGGUCCUCUCUGUGCUUAUGGUCCAUGUGAGUGAUUUAGAUGUUUAAAAUGAGGUUGGCAUUUUAUAGCCAAGCCAUUGCCUGAUUACCAGUUCCACUCUUCAAAGCACUCUGCGAGAAAAUAUGCUGAGCCAUCACUAUUAAAAGCAGCCACAAUAGCCACUGGUAAAGUGUCUGUGCAGGGGUUGGAGGGUAUUGACAGAACUCCAUGGAUGUGCUGUAGAGUCAAAAUGAUGGUAUGCCAUUACUUUCAGAACCAUGCACUGUAUUCUCUAUUGAGUUGCCAUCUUGUCUAACUUACGGAAGAUAGAUGUCCUAUUUCCCGUUUGGUUAGAACAUGAAUUCUGGUUAGAAUUUAACUGAGUCAUGCUUUUACCCCUGGGGUAUUGUUCAGCAUGGAGCUGAGCUGGGUUGCUUUUGAUUCUCCAGCUGCUCUCACCCAUCUCUCACCGUCCAGGUGUUUCACUGGGAUCUCAUCCGUGUCACCAAAACCAAACUGAAGUUCUCAUCGAUGUUCAAGUAGGAAAAGUUCAAGCAUUUCUGUGUCUUUCGCCUUCCUGUGCCUUGCUUUGUUCACUCCAUCUGGCGAGAGAACGUGUCGUACCCCAUUUCUCCUUUGUACUGCUGUGUUCUUGAAGUGGAGUAUUCAUGCCAGUUUAUGGAGCAAGGCACCUUCUGAAUAAGGUCCUGACGCUGUGUUGUUGCAGUCAUGGGAUCUUUCCUAUUUCUGACUCCAAUGAAAGCGGGAUCGAGCCCUGCAAUCCUAUUUACAGUGUCAGGUCUGGUUUUCUUCAGCGUAAACAGCCAGAGAGAGCAGUUUUAAGAGCCUUUUUAUUUAAAUGUAGUUUACACUGAAGAAGAUCUCUGACAUGGAGGAGAGAAUAUCUUCUCCCUUCUCCCUUUACCUCCUACAAAUUCCAUCUGUCUUGUCAUCUACGCCUGGACAUGACACUUACAGGAGAAAUAAAUGGUUCCAUGAUUCCAAGAACAAAAUAUUUACUUCUCUAGUGCCUUCAAAACCCCUAGACAGCUCACCACAAGUGCUCCAUGACUUUAAUUGUGGACAUGAGACAAAUCAGACAAUGAUCACAGCCACAGAAGACAGGCUAAAGCCAUACAAUGCAGCGUCUGGACUUGUUUUCCAUUAUGCUUGAAGUUAUGUGGUGAAUUUAUGUUUCAGAAAGUUCUUCUCCAAAACCCGGAGCUGCUUGGGACUUCUGAGUGAGCUGAGCUCCCUCUUUGGAUCUGCAGAACGUUGUAUAUGGUCACAAGGGGCUGCUCUGCAGUGAUAGCUAACACAUCUAAUAGGUUUACUGUGCCACUCUUCAAAGAAUACAAAGAAACAUCUAGUGAAUUCAAAGCAGCACAGACAGCAUCAGUCUAGUGAAGUAGCUCUAUCUAUGCCCACUUUACUGAAAAAUAAGGGAUGAAUAAUAGAAAUACUUUUCCAGAAGCCAAACAGAACUCCAGUGAAAGCACUGGCAUCAUCCCUCAACCACUUGACCACAUUCUGGCUUCAGUUCAGGGAGGCAUUACUAAUCAGGAAAAAUGCUCAUGAACUGGUUUAAUUUGGAGCUCAUGCUUAAGUUUCACUGAAACCAAUUAGACUUAAGCAUGUGCUUAAGACCUGUCCAAAACUGGGUUCAGUUUGAAUGUAAGCAGAAUGCAGAGUUGUGCGGCGAUACACUGCUCCACCCCCAGUGGGUUUUAUUUAAGUUUUAUAACUUUAUAAUAUCAUAAAAUAAAAUAGAUCUGUUCCCACAGAGUUGUUCUCUUGGGAAUGCCUUAUUCUGAGUGAAUAAAAAGCACCACUGGCUUAAUCUCCACACAAAUGCAAAAGAAAUUGAUUUGCUCAGUACAGACGUCUUUGCUUUUGAAAGAAUCCUUAUUCCUUUAGUGGCUACCCCAGAAUCCAGUCUGCAUGUUCUCAGGAGAGAAAAAUGCUAAGGAAACGCUGCUUUGCUCUGUUAAUGAAGUCUGUGUGGAUAAGUGCAAUUUACUUAAGCAGAAUACAUUGAUAAGUUUCUUAUCACCCAUUUCAUUCCAGUCCGAACAUUCCUCAGAAAAAUAUCAAAGGUUUUAGGUCAUCUCUAAAUGAAGAGAUGUGUAAUGCUCCAUGACUUCAGGCGCUGAUCUUAUCCCUGUGAAUGGGUGACCAACUGAAACAUUAGAUUUAUAAAUGGAAAUAAUAAAUGCUGGCCAUAGGAGGCAAUAACAGAACAGAUUAAGCAAUCUAGCUCUGGAGAAGAGUUCAUCUUCAGUAACUAAUGUGGUGCCAACUCUAAUGUAGGCAUUUUCUCCUCCAUUUACAAAGGAACAGAUGUGUGACUCAACUUUGCUUUUUUCCAAAGUCAGUCUGCAUGGAGAAACACAAACAAGGUUUGCUUCCAGCAGAGCACACUGCAGUAUUUCUCUCCUGGAUGGGACUUUUUUUCCUUCAGAAUGGAGAAACGAAUCUGAAUCUGCAGCACGGAGUACAUGUGUAGCACAGCUCCUGUGGCAGGUUCUCAUUUCAGGCUUGGCCAUUGCCUAGGAAUCUUUCGUCCUAAUUUUACCAAGAAUUUACUUUGCGUAGGAAUUUCCAGUUCUGCCUUUCUAUCAUUUGAUGCCAUGGGCCUGAUUCUUUCUAACAGUUGCUUAUACAAAUGGGAGUAUGGAAUAGUCGAUUCAUAUUUGUUACUGCAGUUGUCUCAAGACUUGGUCCAGUUUCUGCUGGUUCCAGGGAUCAGCCUGUUGUUCCUAAUUGCCUGAGUGCUUGUGCAGCCCUUCUGCCUGGAGACCUUGGGCCAGUGCUUUGGAUGCAGCACGCACCAGAAGGCUGGAAAAAGAUCCUGUUUUGUCUAGCUGCUGCACUGAGGAGCUCUCUGGAAACGCUUGUGGUUAAUCAAUACAGACAGACAGGAUAACAGGAGAGUGGAAGAGAUCACAGUUGGAGGGUUUUUUUUAGAUUUUCCUACGAAUAUUUUUGUCUCGAAGAUGAAUUGUCAUUAAUUCCUCCCCCCUGUUGCCCAAGAGCUCUAUCAUGCAGUCAGCUUGUGUCUGUCUUAAGAUGGAGAGAGGAGCUGUGCUGACGGGCGUCCCCAGGGGCUGAGUGACAGAGUGACACAUGAGUGACAGCCACUUUAUGCUGCUCUUGGAAUCAAAAUGUGCCCGAGCUACAGAUUUUAGGUCUGGAGCCGAACCUUUCCAAGCUGAAACGCUGUUUGGAUCUGGUGGGGCUGGGCUGGAGGACUGGAGAGAGAAAAGCAGCCACAAAAUCUGGAUACAAUCCAGUAGCUUUUGGUCUGAGGAUGCAUUCAGCUCGGAGUCCCAUGCUCAGCUAAGAUAAAAUCCCAAGGAAUUCCCGUCACGUCAAAUAUUUACAUUCUGCACGGUUCUUGUUUUCACUUUUUCUUGCUUUUUUUCUUUCAUUUCUCCCCUGUGGGGUUUGAUCCUGAUCAUAAAAUAUUCCCUUUCCUAUCGAAUGUGUCAGAACCUUGUGAUGCUGUUGCCACAGUGUCUGUGCUCUCAAAUAAUGCAGACUUUUAGUGUCUCUGCCAAAAGCAGCAAUAAGGCUUCAGUCAAACACUGAGGCUUCUGCCGCAAUAAACACACACACAGCAGUCAGCAAGUUCAGCACGGGGCUGUAUUCACUGCUGCUGCCUUGGUGGAACCACAGACCGCACCAACACCUCCAGGGCCCUUCCGUGGUUGGAAGCAAGAGCAGAUUUGGCCCCUAUGAUCUGCAGUGGGUGAGAGCACAGAACAAACGGUGCCAUCUGAUGGGUACCCACGGAGCUGCCAGGCUGCAGCCUUAACCAGUAGCCAGGCCUUUGUGUUCAGGUUUGUCAUGUUUUCAUGCGAGGGCUCACAAGAACCGAUAUUUAGGAAGCACGAUGCAAUGCGAGCAGUUGAGAAGGAGCAGGCUGUCCCUGCUCGCCCUGCCAGGCCCUUCACAGAUGAUUAAAACAGAACAAUUGUGAGUCUGCUCCAGAGAGACCCCUCGGCACCAAUAAUGUCUCAUUCCAGCCGGUUCCUGCUCUGCAGCGCGUGGUGAGCUCACAGAGCAUCAUCCUCCUGCAGCGCCUUUGGGUCGCUCGGCUGCUGCUGUUCCUGCUCAGCUGCGCUCCUGUGCCGUGCGGUUAUUCCCUGUGCUGGUUGCAGGGUCUCUGUGUAACAUCUGCACAUGUUGAAGAUGCUGUUCCUGCCUUGUGUAAGACAUUCGCUGUGUACAAAAGUGGCUGAAUCUGUGCAUCGGACUCGGGCUGAAGCCCCGUCCGGGCGCGUGUGGGGCACGAACAGCGAUGGGGAUGUGGGAGCUUUGCUAGGUCCCCAUUUCAAAGAGGCAAAUCCGCCUUCCUUCCCCAGGGAAACUCAGCAGGAGGGCAGCGGGCGUUUGCCUGCGAGUGAAUAACACACGGGAGUGUGCGUGUGUAUUGAUGUGCGUGCAGGAAAAGGUCUUCAGCGUGUAACCUUAGUGCUCACACGUCCCCAUAGGCAACAACAUCCGCUGUUAUGGGAAAUGAGGUAAGUGACACAGUGCCGUCCUGAUGGCGGCUGACAGCGGGGCCGCCGUUCCCAGCUCGUAAUUCCCGGUUCGGUUAUUGCCCCGCAAUGGCUGCGGGGACAAAGGAGGGAUGCGGUGCCGCCGGUGCGACCGAUGGCUGCAGCGCUCACAGCCGCCGAUCGCUCCCUGCGCUGGGAGCCGCGGUGCCGGCAGCAGCUCCGCCACCUGCAGGACGGCUCCAGGAUCGCGGCUCGGCUCCCGCCCCGCCUGGACGGACAGUGGGUCUCCACCGGGUGUGAGGUGCGGCCGGGCCCAGAGUUCCUCACCCGCUCGUACCUCUUCUACGCCAACCGCCUGUUCAAAGCCUUCCAGUUCUACUACUGGGACCCGUCCUGCCGUGAGCCGUCCUACUCGCUGAUCAUCAAGGGCAAGCUGCGGCUGCGCCAGGCCUCCUGGAUCACCCGCGGGGCCACCGAGGCCGACUACCACCUGCACAAGGUGGGCAUCGUUUUCCACAGCCAGAAGGCCAUGACGGAGGUGGCCGCCCGCAUCAACCAAAGCUCGGGUGAGGGCUGCAGUGGGUUCCUGCCCCCGGGCCGUUCCUGGGCCCCCGGAGCCCUCUAUGAACUGCUCAGUGCCAAAACCGAGCGGGACUGCACUGCAGCCCUGGGCUUUGCCAUGCACGAGCUGAGCCUGGUGCGGGUGGAGAGGCACCACCAGCCCCUGCCUGGGCUCCAGCAGAGUGGCAGCAGCCUGGUGGAAGAGCUGUACCUGGGAGACAUCCACACGGACUGGAUGGAGCGGCUGCACUACCGACCCACGGGUUACCAGCGUCCAUUGCAGAGCGCUGUGCACCACGUGCAUCCCUGCCCGGCCUGCGGGGUUAUCUACAGAGCUGACGAGCACCACCCGCCCAUCCUGCCUGCCCAGGCUGAGCUGCCGGUGCAGCUGAGCGGGAGCUGGGUGAGCACCCGCUGCGAGGUGCGCCCUGCCGUGCUCUUCCUCACUCGGUACUUCAUCUUCCAUGGCAGCAACCACACCUGGCAGGGCUACUACUACCACUACUCUGACCCGCUCUGCAAGCAGCCCACCUUCACCAUUUACGCAUCUGGGCGUUACACCCAGGGCGUCCCCUCCUCCAAGGUGAGGGGGGGCAUGGAGCUGGCUUUCAAAGUCACACAAGCGCGGGUGACACCCAUGGAUCAGGUGACGGUGACGAUGCUGAACUCCUCUGAACCAGGGAGCUGCGGGCUGGCGAGCUCCUGGAGCAUCGGUGUGGAGCAGGAUAUAACGCCAACCAACGGCUGCUUGGCUUUGGGCAUCAGGCUGCCCCACACAGAGUACGAGCUCUUCAGAACAGAGCACGACCCCAAGGAGCGCAGCCUGCUGUACAUUGGGGAGAGGCCCACGGAUGGAUCCAGCCCUGACCGCCCCGACAAACGGCCCACGUCCUACCAGGCGCCCCUGGUUCAGUGCGCGGCUGCGUCAGAGGAGUUCCCUAACUACUAUAGUCUGAAAUAUGUGGGGAAAGAGAAUGCUAAUGGCAGUGAAGAACUAAAACCUUUGCCUGUGGCCCUCUUGCUGUUGAUAGCACUGCAGCUGUUAAGAUGGGACUAGCUCUCUAUUCAGGUACAGCACAGAACCCAGAUAGUCUUGGUGCUAACAUGACUUUCUGUAACUUCCAACUGAGCACAUCUGGAAGCAGUUUUACUUAGGCUUGGAAACACUUCAAAAGAAGAAAGGCAAAAAAACAAAGAACAGUGAAUGAAGCCAAGAAGAUGUGCCUGACCACGUACUGCCUGAUGGCUUUAUUGCCUCAUCUCCCCUUGUCUUUGCAUACCAAUGUAAUGUAGUGAGAUGGAUGCACUGCACGUUGCAAUAAGUAUUUCAGCAGUAUGAGGGGAAAAAGAGCAGCAUCAAUUGCAGCUGAUGCUUUGAGCUUUUGGCACUGCCAAGAUUUAAUCAAGGGCUUAGUUCAGAUGUAAUUCAAACAUCCAGAGUGUCAGCUGCUGAGUCUCUUUGAGGUUAAGCUCCCUCCGCUGUAGUCCUUAUUGCUGUUCGUGCAAAUUUGAUCUGCAGUGUCCAUCAGCACCAGAUACAGUGUCAGCAAGUGCUCUAAGGACACAGCAAAUCAUGCCACUUGGUUUAUAGAGGCUUUCUGCAGUUUUCACGUGUGCACACACGAGGAGAUGCAGAGCAGCGACCCCAGAGCAUGACCUGACUGACUGCUGUGCCUGACUCUGGUCAUAAGAAAAGAUGCAGCAAAUGGAAAAGGCUCCUGUGCAUAAUGGUGCCAACUCCCAGCGUUCUGUAGCUGCAGACACUGCAUCCUUGCUGCACUAUUUUGGCACUGCCAAUCGCAGCUCCCACUCACGGGCAGUGAGCAAAGCAAAUCGCUCAGGCCUUCUCAGGCCGUAUAUUUUCACUGUCUCCUAAGUGCACUGGCAGUUAAUCCAGCUGUGGUAUCAAUUGGGCUGUCACUGCCAGCCCUGUUCACGUGUAGGUGGUUUAUAAACCUGCCUGCAGUGAACAAAGCGCUGAGGAGACAACUCUGAGCAGCACUGUCAGACCGUCCAGAGCUUUGCUGGCAGGAAGGACAAAGUAAGAAAUUACGUUCCCUUUGCUGCAGCCAAGAAGCAUAUAACUUACCUGGGAAAGACCUCUUCCCAGUAACUAAACCCCCUCCAAAUAAGCCUAUAUAUCUUACAAAGGAUACCUUUGUUAAACCAUCUAUGCAAUAGCUACCUUCUUAAUGCUGGUUUUACAAACUUGCAGCUUGUACUUAAAUAAUUUAUGGGUUUUAUAGCAUCAAAAUACUUUUUUGGGGGAACUGUACAUUAAUAAUUCAGAUGAGAUGCUCAUUAAAUGCAUACAGUUGUGACAUAAA